CUCGGUGCCGCCAUGUGGUCCGUGCUGUGGAGCGCCGUGCGAACCCACGCGCCCUACGUCACCUUCCCCGUGGCCUUCGUGGUGGGUGCCGUUGGAUACCACCUGGAGUGGUUCAUCCGCGGCCCCAGCCCGCCGCCGGCCGAGGAGGAGGAGAAAAGCAUCUCGGAACGGAGGGAGGAUCGAAAACUGCAGGAGAUUGCGGGCAAGGACCUGACCGAGGUGGUGAGCCUCAAGGAGAAGUUGGAGUUUGCCCCUCGGGCGGUGCUGAACAGGAACCGGCCCGAGAAGAGUUAAUGCAGCUGUCGGUUCUGCCAGCGCCGCGCGGCUGAAGCUGAGGACUCCCAGCUGGCCCUGGGCUGUGCACAGCAGCACUGUGCUGGGGCUCCUCUGUCACCUGCACCCCUCCGCCCACACCCCGUCCUGCACCUGGCUGUGCUCGGGCUGUUCUCUGCCUCUGCUGAUGCACGUCACCCUCCCUGGGCUCUGCAGAGCGGUCAGGGUUUGCCCACCCCGCGAAUGUCUCCAG